UUGCAUUUUCUGCAGUAUUCAUUUGACAAUGAAAUCCAUCAUUACAUUUUUGCAAAUUAUAAGCAUAUUCGUUUGCUGCAAUUGUCAGUCCGCAGGACAGCUCGAGAAUAAGCGUAAAUGGCUGGAAAUUGAUAAUAAUUUAUAUCGUAUUGUAACCGAGGAUAAGUACACUUGGAAACAGGCAGAGACCGCUUGCCUAAAAGAGCAUUUAAAUUUAAUAACUCCCAAAAGUGACUACGAUUAUGUGAAACUGAAGGAAGCUCUAAAACGUGAAAUUAGAACUGAUUCAUCGUUUUGGAUUAAUACUAAAGAAGAAAUGAAGAACAUUAUGCAGUUCAUGGGUUUAGACAAGGAACAGAAGUGCAAUAAAAUAGAUUCGACAACAUUUAAGGCAGAAAUACACGACUGCCAGGAUAGACUGGGUUUCAUAUGUCAGAGAUCAUUUUUAAAGGACUUUUCCACGUUUAAUGACGGCAAGAAAAUCUAUUUAGUGCAACCACAUCAGAAAUUUUCCUGCAAACAAGCCUUUUCUGAGUGCGAACAACGUCAUAUGCAUCUGCUGCAUUUUAACAAAUAUACCAACAACAUUUUACUCAAGGACUAUAUCUUUCUCAAUUACAAUUCUAAUAUCAGUUUCCAUCUUAGUGGAACCGACAAUAAUUGUGAAUCUCUGCCACAUGAUAAAAACAAGCAUAAUAUGGGUUACAUAUGUGAGCAGUUGUAUAUAAGGAAUUCUGGUGUUAUUAUGAGACACUGGAUUUUGAUUAUAUUUGUAUCAUCUCUAUUUAUUUUAGCCAUUACGUUUAAAAUAAUUCAAAUAUUUCUGUGCAAUAGAAAUGUCAAACAGUUCAAUUACGAAAGCUUUAAAGAAUAAAAUAUCACAUUCUUAAUUGAUGUUUACU